AUGAUACGGUCAACCGCUCAUUUCCAUGGACUUCGCACGCCUGGCUAUCGGCACCCCGAUGUCGCGAUGAAAGAUGAUCUGGAAAAGACUCCCGCUACGGUUAUGGCUGACACGCCAUAUAGCGUGCUUUUCCCUGGCGAGAAGAUCUUUGUGGUUCUGGUAGGGUCCUUUGCAGCCCUCAUAUCGCCCUUGUCGAGUAGCAUCUACCUGCGGGCGCUCAAUUCAUUGGCGCGCGACAUGAAUAUGUCGGUUUCCCUGAUCAAUUUGACCAUCACCAUCUACCUGAUAUUCCAGGGAUUGGCCCCGUCCUUUAAUGGCAGUUUCUUCAACGGCUAUGGGCGUCGACUGGCAUACAUCAUCGCAUUUGAGAUUUAA